AUGUCGACCUCUACAGUCGGCGCUGGUGAGCUUGAAGACCACCUGCGCACGCUCAUUCUCAACAAUGCCGAUCCAGUUCCAGGCACUUCUACACAAGUCAACAACCAACCUUUAGAAGACCAACCCAUAGCUAGUGAAAAAUGUCAGGAGGCCGGGCAACCUGCAACUCGACCUCAAGGCCCUGCAAAAGGUGGUAAGAAACGUCCGAAUCAGGCCCAGCGUCGUCAAAUGCAGGCCCAGUUGUCUAUACCCGUCGAUACAAGACCAUCCCCGCCUCAUGAUGAAAGACAUCACCCGAAUACCCACCAGCACAGGAACCAGCAUUCUACAUGGCAUAAUGGCGAACAACAUACAUCUCGUCCUCAUGCAAAUACGUAUCAUUCCGGAUUUCAGGAUCGUGCUUCUACAACCAAUAAUCUUCCGUUCUCACAUCAGCGACGUCAAGGCGGAUCUAGUCAGUCCCAAAUAUCUACACCAAACCAUCAGUCGCCCUGGAGACAACACCAACACCAACAACAUCAUAACAGUGAUUCAUUCUCAAAGGGUGUCAACCUUGUUUCCGCAGAUUCUUUUCCAGCACGCUCUCGACGGCCUUCACAGCCUGCCCUCUACAACCCCGGUGGCCAACGCCAGCUUCUAUUCAGUCCAGAGCAACUCAUGAACCAAUCUGAUCUCUUGGAUAGACUAUGUCACUCCGUAGUUUCAGGCGCUGAAAUUGCGCCGAAUGAGAUUGCUGAGAAGGAAAACUUUCGAUUCCAAAUUGAAGCAAUCUGCCGCGAGGUUAUCAGCCGACAUGAGAUCGAAAUUAUGGGAUCACCGACUUUCCAGCCUUAUACUGUCCAACUCAAGUGUUUUGGAAGCCUUUCGUCCGGGUUUGCGACCAAAGCGUCUGACAUGGACCUUGGUCUCCUUUCUCCCAUGUCGCAUUUCUCCCCAGACUCUUCAAACUCGCCAAUUCCACGUCUUGUUGAGAAGGCAUUACUUGAUCAUGGGUUUGGCGCGCGUCUUCUUACACGUACGCGAGUGCCAAUCAUCAAGCUCUGCGAAAAACCUACCGAAAAACUUCACAGAGAUCUUGUUGAAGCGCGGUCCAAGUGGGAGACGGGAUUUGCAGAUGAUGGCCAUGAAAUAGUAGACGAUGUUAUAGAAGACCAAGACACUCCCGAGGUAACCGCUACCGCUAUUGUUGCCGAAGUUGAUCAUUCGCUGCCGGGGAUUCAACAUGGAAAUUCCCAGCCAAUGGGUGGCCCUGUAGACAGAUCAUAUGAGGCUCAGCUUGCUUCAUUGAAACAAUCAGAAACACAGUCCCUGAUGGCUUAUUAUGGAAAUGCCAAACGACUUUUACGUCGAUUGAAUAGCCGUGAUGUUACGAUUUCCAACGCGACAGAUCUUAAGUCUGCAGACUACAAGGUUCUUGGUGAUAUCUCUGGCGCCUUUAUUAACGGACUCUAUGAUGCAGACUUGAGAAGCCGAUUAUUGUCAUAUCCGUCCGUCCACUCUAGUGAUAUAUCGGAUCCACCUAAUCUUCGGUCACUCUCAGGCGUCCUCAUGAUUGUGGAGGGUGAGAAGCUCGUGAUGCUGUGGGAAUCUCAAGUAAAAGGAGAAGGCAACCCCAAGCUAAGACAUGGCUCCGAAAGCGUAAUCCAAAGCUGGAAGAAUUUCCAGAACCGGAGGCUAUUUGGUAAAGAUCCGCUUCUGUUCAACCGCGACGUUCACGUAGCUGUUGAACGACUUCGCCAAAUCCCGCUGGUUCAACUUGUACAGCUUAAGCAAGAUGCUUACGAGUCACCAACACAAUACUACUUGAGGGUAUCCAAGAUCGCAACUGAUCUCGGUAGUGCGAAUUCAUCCUCAAGCCCCGCCAUUUCGGCACAGGCAAUCCAAUACUAUAUCUCGGGUAUUCGCGACAAGGUGGUUCGAGAACAAAUACAGGAUUUUGCGACCUCAUCCGGGGUGCAGAGUCUGAGGACCAUUGCCAGAAAGCACAAAACGCUUCAUCUUAUUACAGACUACGAGAGGGCAAUCGAUAAAAAUCUUUACUGUACAACUGAUUUGCCAAUCAUCAAGGAAUAUAUAUCCAUACUGAGAGACAAUUUCGUGCAGCGAGGGCCAAGCACGGAUGAACACAUUGUGAACGUGUUUGAUUUCACAGUCGCAGUCACUGAGAGCAAUCUUGGGAUUGUUGACAAAAUAAAGCAACUCCCUGACCCAUCCAAGCUUUCACCAAAUCAACCAAGGGAUCGUUAUCAUGACAAUCUAGAGUUCCCCAAAAAUGGGAUUGGCGUUCAAUGUGAUAUCAACUUCUCGGCACACCUAGCCCUCCAGAACACCGCACUCCUACGUUGUUACUCCUACACCGAUCCUCGGGUUCGGCCAAUGGUCCUCUUUGUGAAACAUUGGGCCAAGGCACGAGCUAUCAACACUCCUUACCGCGGAACCCUAAGCAGCUAUGGUUAUGUUCUUAUGGUCUUACACUACCUAGUCAACAUCGCGGAACCAUUCGUAUGUCCCAAUCUCCAGCAUCUUGCACCUCCCGACCCAAACCUACCAGCGGAGGCCUUGGAGGGUCUCACAACUUGCAAGGGACGCAACGUUCGAUUUUGGAGAGACGAGCAAGAGAUCCAGAGGCUGGCUGCUCAAGGCCAACUCAAUCAGAACCAGGAGUCCCUUGGCUCACUUCUACGGGGCUUCUUCGAAUAUUAUGCGCAAAAUAAUAUGAUGAGCACCACCCAUAAGCGUGGUUUCGACUGGGGCCGAGACGUAUUGAGUUUACAAACUCUCGGAGGACUACUUUCAAAGCAAGAGAAAGGCUGGAUAGGAGCGAAGACGGUCAUACAGCCCGAAACAGGUGGCUCCCUCAACCCAGUUGAGAGCGAGGCCAACAACAACAUCACCGGACAACAAGCCACGACCAAUAAUACACAGCCUAAGCAACCCUCGUCACCCAACGAAGCCCCCAUAACGCCGAUAGGCCAGCAAGCAAAACCCAAGGAGUUCAAGGAGGUGCGCUACCGCUACCUCUUCGCCAUCGAAGACCCCUUCGAGCUCGAGCACAACGUCGCGCGCACCGUGACCCACAACGGCAUCGUCUCCAUCCGCGACGAGUUCCGCCGCGCCUGGCGCAUCAUCAGACAAGCUGGCAAGACGGGCCAGGUCGCCGAGGACCUGCUCCAGGACGUCGAGGCUGAGCACGAUAGGGUGGAGAAGCUAAGGUUUACGGAGCUGCUGGAGGAGAUUCAUGGGCCUCGUACCAAUGUCAAUGCCAAUGUCUAG